CAAAUUGCAUUAUAAUAAAUGUCCCCUUUGAUUUGAAGAUAUGAACAGAAAAAGAGGAAAGUAAGUUUACACGCAUCAACAUCAUCAUCAUCAACAACCCAAACCCGAACGGAAAACCCGAAAAAACAACAAUGGUAUUCACCGAUUCCGAUUCAACUCUUCUUUUACCAUCAUCAUCAUCUUCAGAAACAACCAAAAAAGCACCACAAGACAAAUACCAUUUAGCAUACAUAACCUAUUUCAUCCUCGGUUUCGGUUAUUUACUUCCAUGGAAUGCAUUCAUCACAGCCGUUGAUUAUUUCUCUUAUCUUUACCCUGAAGCAAGCGUUGAUCGCAUCUUCGCCGUUGUUUACAUGCUCGUUGGUCUCUUUGGUCUUACUGUGAUUAUUCUUUAUAGGCAUAAAUCUCAUGCUUAUGUUAGGAUUAACUUGGGUCUUGCUCUUUUUGUUGUUUCGUUGCUGCUUGUUCCUUUGAUUGAUGUUUUUUAUGUUAAGGGUCGGGUCGGGUUUUACGGUGGGUUUUAUGUUGCUGUUGGUGCUGUUGGACUUUCGGGUGUUGCUGAUGCAUUGGUGCAGGGUUCAAUUGUUGGAUCUGCUGGUGAGUUGCCGGAGAGGUAUAUGCAAGCUGUCAUUGCUGGCACUGCUGCUUCUGGGGUACUUGUUUCUUUCCUGAGAAUAUUUACAAAAGCUGUUUACACACAAGAUGUCUCCGGUCUGCAAAAGAGUGCAAAUCUCUACUUUGCGGUAUCAAUUGUGAUUAUGUUCCUAUGCAUGGUUUUGUACAAUGUAGCUCACAAACUUCCCAUUAUGAAGUACUACGAUGAACUAAAGAUUCAGGCAGUCGCUGUGGAAGACGACAACAGUCCUUUGACUGGAUCUGUUUGGAGAUCAACUGUAUGGGAUACCGUGGGAACAAUCAAGUGGUAUGGAGUUGCAUUAAUGCUCAUUUAUGUUGUGACACUCGCAAUAUUUCCAGGUUACAUUACAGAGGAUGUCCACUCUCAACUUCUUAAGGAUUGGUAUCCAGUUCUCCUUAUUACUUGCUUUAAUGUUUUUGACCUAGUCGGCAAAAGCCUUACCGCAGUAUACCUUCUAGAGAAUGCAAAAAUUGCUAUUGGUUGUUGCAUAGCAAGACUGUUGUUUUUCCCUCUCUUCUUGGGAUGCCUACAUGGUCCAAAAUUCUUCCGGACAGAGAUUCCUGUCACAAUACUGACUUGUCUCUUGGGGCUUACAAAUGGAUACCUUACCAGUGUAUUGAUGAUUUUAGCUCCUAAAACCGUAAAGUUACAGCAUGCCGAGACUGCCGGGAUUGUGAGUGUGUUAUUCUUAGUUUUCGGUCUGGCUUCUGGUUCUAUUAUUGCUUGGUUUUGGGUCAUCUGACCUGGAAAUCUGUAUAUAUCUAGGGACUCCAAAACCUCUGUAUUGGCUUCACUGAACCAGAAGUCAUUAUUGGGAUUGGUUUCCUUAAUUUGUUUUCCGAACACGUGAAAACUUGUAAGCUUACCUUUGAAAUGUAUAGGAAGGAAUACCCUUCUUUUUAAUUGUAGAAUCACUUUUAAAGGCACCAUGUUGGUCCCUCUUUAUUUGUUCCAUUCUUUCUUUGCUGAUAAAUGUCCAAACAAAAUGUAAAGCCUGAGCAGGUAAAUUCUGUCUGAAAGAUUAAGAUCUGUCUAUAUGUUUGCAAGAAA